AAAUUAGCCCUCUUUUGAUUGUUGGAGCUUUUUUCCUCUGUACUUGACGUCUCAUUUUUAUGCAUAUGCAGAACCGCUUGCUUGCAAUGAAUUACAUAGAGGAAGGACACGAUGACACACUUUUUGAGGUUCACAGGGACUGGGGUAGGCGAUUCAUGAGACUAUAUCCACAGUACACAUCAUGGGACAACUCAAAAGAUCCUGAUCGACCCCUUGUGAUAGGCUAUGUAUCUCCUGAUUAUUUUACUCAUUCUGUGUCAUAUUUUAUUGAAGCACCCCUUGUCUAUCAUGACUCCUCCAAAUUCAAAGUUAUUGUUUAUUCAGCAGUUGUCAAGGUAGAUGCAAAAACAAUGAGAUUUAGAGAGAAAGUUUUAAGGAAGGGUGGUAUCUGGAAAGAUAUUUAUGGAAUUGAUGAAAAGAAGGUUGCCAACAUGGUUAGAGAAGAUGAAGUUGAUAUUUUGGUAGAACUUACUGGUCAUACUGCAAACAAUAAAUUGGGAAUGAUGGCAUGUCGACCUGCACCAGUUCAGGUGACUUGGAUUGGUUAUCCCAAUACAACAGGAUUACCUACAAUUGAUUAUAGAAUUACUGAUUCACUGGCAGACCCUCCUGAAACAAAGCAGAAGCAUGUUGAGGAGUUAGUUAGAUUACCAGAAUGCUUCCUUUGUUACACCCCUUCCCCUGAGGCUGGUCCUGUUUGUCCUACUCCUGCUCUUUCCAAUGGCUUCAUCACAUUUGGUAGUUUCAACAAUCUUGCCAAGAUUACACCAAAGGUAUUGCAGGUUUGGGCAAGGAUACUACGUGCAAUUCCGAAUUCCCGCCUUGUGGUAAAAUGUAAACCAUUUUGCUGUGACAGUGUGCGACAGAGAUUCCUUUCAACACUAGAGAAGUUAGGUUUAGAACCAUUACGUGUUGAUCUUCUGCCCCUUAUUCUUCUUAACCAUGAUCAUAUGCAAGCCUAUUCUCUGAUGGACAUCAGUUUGGAUACAUUUCCAUACGCGGGAACAACAACAACAUGUGAAUCUUUAUACAUGGGAGUUCCAUGUGUCACUAUGGCUGGUUCAGUACAUGCGCACAAUGUUGGUGUUAGUCUUCUUAGCACUGUUGGACUGGAGCAUUUAAUUGCCAGAAAUGAAGAUGAAUACGUUGAAUUGGCUCAGCAGUUGGCCUCCGACAUUUCCGCACUACAUAAUUUGAGAAUGAGUCUGCGAGAUAUCAUGUCCAAAUCCCCUCUCUGUGAUGGUGCAAAAUUUAUCCUAGGUCUAGAGUCAACAUACAGAAAUAUGUGGCACAGGUAUUGUAGAGGAGAUGUUCCAUCUUUGAAACGCAUGGAAUUGUUACAAGAAGUUGCUUCUGGUGACCUGUCAGAUAAGAAUCCUGAGUCAACAGGGAUCGUAAACUCAACAGAGGGCAGUUCUGGUUCUGUCAAGGCCAAUGGAUUUAAUACAAUGCCUGUGUCAAAGCUCAACAUACAGAGUUGCGAAGAAAACGGUGGGUCAUUGAAUCACAGUAGUAAACAAGGAAAGACGAGUUAAUGUUAAAUUUCAUCCGAGAAUCCUUUUGUAGCGAUUCUAGGAUGCUGAACUCCAUUACAAUAGUUGUACUAUUAGGUUGCGUGGUGUGUACUGUGGUUGCUGCUGGAAGCAAUGACAGCAUCCCACUAAGUUAACUUGCAUAGAGUAACAUUGGGGGCGGGGGCUAUAGGCAGUUAGUUAUAAAACCCCCUUGGUCUUGAGUGGUGCAUUGGAUAUGCAAAAAGGUGAAGCUACCUUGAGCUGCAGUUUGUUACACAUUUCUUCGGCAAUGUUUUGGAAGUCGUUGCCUCUUGCAUAUUUUCCCCCUC